CGCCCGAACUCCCGGAGAGUGCCAAUAUCCUUUAGUCAGUCUGAGUUUGGACCGAGCAUCGACGGAAUAUCAACGGAAGGAUCUGCAGUAGUCGACAUUUGGAACGAAAACGUUUCCCCAUGGCGUGAUCCAGGAUGAGCCAUGCCCCUAUCAGUCCCUCGAAGUCUCCGUCAAUUCCGAAAGGAGUCAGUGACCACAGUGACCCUUCCUAGAAGAGGAUAAAUUCUCAUGCCGAAGAGAUAUGUCGAGAGUUUUCCUACAAGGUGGGAUAGAGAGGGAGAAGAAAACUCGACGGAACUUCUUUCCCUCGAGGAGUGGCAUCUACGAAGUCAAUUCGCCGAGCAAGGACAUUCCGUUCGAGCUUUACACCUUCAUCGAUAAUAAACUCUUUCAGAUCAGUCGACACAGCCUCGUUCAGAUAUCGUGGCCCGAAGUUGAAAAUCUCAUCGGGAGUGACAGCGUUGCUCAUGUCAUUCCUCUCUGCUACAAACUUCAGAGGUUCCUCACGGUGGCGGGAGAAGGAGACGUACGGGACAAGCUAGUGAUCCAUCACCGGGGUCGAAUUCGAGUCGUAGAAGACUUCUCCGUCGACCUCAUUAUAAGGAAUCUCGUGAUAUCUCGUUGUGGACGGAUUUUCCGGAUAGAGCCGACGAAGAAAAUCCCACUUGUCGAAUUAAAGAUGAAAAUCCCGAAGGAUAUAUUCAAGGUUUACGACGUCUUCGAUGAUGUCUCGGCAGUUCUUGGUAAAACAGACGAUCAUGGAAGUCCAAUGCUCGUGUUCACGAAGGAAAAGAAAACUUUGAUCGAUGAGAGAUCUCUGAGAGAGCUGAUUCGCGAAAGCGAAGGACGCUCCACAAUAUAUUAUGGACAGCACCUUUACUUGCGGAAAAAUCGCAUCACCUGUUUCUCUAUCAAGAAUGAGGAGCCUCAUAUCCACGAGGUCGGUCACAUAUCUGUCACUUAUUCACGACAGACGAUAAUCCAAGACUUCGUCCGGGUGUUCCAUUCUGAGAGCGAACUACUUCUCGUGAUCGAGCGCAAUGACGUCCAGCUAGUCAAGCGAUACGACCGAAUCACUAAAGGCUGGACCAAGAUGGAGCUCAUUUUGUUGGAGGGAUGUGAUGGCUGAAUCGUCGACAAUCAAUAAAACCUGUAUCCAGGGGUGGCA